AUGCGGUGGUGGCAGUUCUUCGGUAAUCAGCGUGAAUUGUCGGAUCAUUUUCGGACAUCUCAGGAGGUUGGUUUAAGUCAUUAUUUCUAACAAUUUUGGUGACGAUUUUCUCACCUGUGGUCCUGAAUAGCAACAGCAGCAAUUUUCCGAUUUUUUCAGUCGUUGGAACAGGGAUGACUAAGGAUGGAGAAGAUUUAAAAAGGAUGUGGCCAAAUGUUUUCAAAAUGCACAUCGAUAAAUAACGUUUCAAUGGAGAGAAAUCGAGUAAAACUUGGUCAGUGAUGGAUUACGUUCUUCCUCUCGAGGAGGUGUCCGUCUAUGUAACAGAAGACUCCUGUACUCCUGCUUUACAGAAGAAAAGUAACGCGUUUGUGCGGUGCUUCAUGAUGCUGUUACCCUGUAAUUUUCUGAUGUGCUUGAUGGCAAUCCAUAACUCAACAUCGAGGCUUUGAGUACACCUUCGAACGGCACAUGUAUUAAUAUUUCUUUACCACCUUAAAUCGGGUUGCUCUGGUUGCCCCCCCCCCCCCCACUGGUGUUUUUUCUUAAAUUAUUUUUCACAACGUUUUUGAAUCAAGAAGGUCUGACUAUGACACCCUUACAGACGCUAAAUUGAUAGUACCUACAGACAGAUCUUAGAGUUUUACAGAGCUGUCGAAGCAAAAGCGACGUGUCUGAAGUACUAAGAAAUUAGCUUAUGUAACAGUCACGUUCGAAUGAAGCCAAAGCUGAGUGACGUAUCUUUUCCAAUGACUUCGUUUUGACAGCCUUGUGUUCAAGCUGUGGGGAAGACAUUCCAUCCGGAGCACUUCAUCUGCAGUCAUUGCGGAAAGCAAAUCGGAUCCGAGGGCUUCAAUGUUGAUCGGGGAAAACCAUAUUGUGAGGACGAUUAUAAGAAAUUGUUUUGCGUAAAAUGUGCACUGUGUAGGCGGCCGAUCGGUGGAGGCGAACGAUGGGUAGAAGCAUUGGGAGAACCGUGGCAUGCUUCCUGCUUCAAGUGUCAGGUAAGCAAUCAUUCGGGGUUUGCCCAAGUGAAGGAUGUUUAGCGCGCUUUACUCCGGGUCAAGAGGUCUGGGCUCGAGACCCGGGCGGGUCUGACAAAAUGGUGGAGGGUCACCACCAUUCUAUCCAGGGAGAGAAGCAACACUCUUAGUCACUUUAUACCACAGGAUAAGUUUCGUCUGGAUGGUCCUCUUGCUUUAGUACAGAAAAGAAUGUGCGCGGUGAUCUAGUGGAUGGUGUCUUAAAUAAGUCUAGCCAUUGUAACUGCAACAAAGUUCAUAUUUCACGGAG